AUGUCAUAUCCCAUCGGAAAUUAUCCUCGUCAGCCACAGGCGCAACCUAUCCCACAUGCGAUGCAUCAGCAGAGGAUGUAUCAGCAAGCAAGUCAAUAUCCUCAACAACAGUCUUAUUACUAUCCUUCGAACCAACAGUAUAUUCAUAUGCAGCAGAACGUUCCACAAUAUCAAAUGGUUCAAUACCCCCAGGUUCAACAACCAGCUCAAAUGAAUUACAUACCAGAUCCAGCCUACUUGCAGCAAAUGAAAAUGGCAACUCAGCAACCACAACAGCCCGUUCAAAGAUACCCUCAACAGCAAGUUGCUUAUGCUCAACAGCCAAAGAAAAAGGUUGAUCUUCCGGCUCCACCGCCUCAGCCCGCGAUUUCUUCUCAGGUUUCAACUCCUGUGAAGCAACCACAGCCACAAUAUGCGCCAAAACAAUUUGUUGCACCUCAACCAGCACCUCAGCAAAUUGUACAACCAAAACAACAGAUAGUUCAGGCUCCAAGUACGAUUGACACAACCUCGUUAGCCAAAGCUCCAAAUCAACCUCAAAUACAUUCAUCAAUUCCUCCAGGUUGCUUUAAUAUUAUCAGUCGUGGAAAUAUUCCUGGUAUAACGUUUUCUCAUAUUUGUACCGAUAGAUACGCGUAA